UAUAAAAUGACGUAGCCAUGCAUUAAUUCACUACAUAAACUGUGUUCAGAUUUGAUUUAAUCUACAAUCGUUUUCUUCACUCAGGUUGUUGCAGAAAGAAAGAUGGACCGUAAUGAUGAGAGAAUCAAAAGAGCUUUAAGACGCCGCCCUUAUGUGUUGAAACCAGUGAGGGUGAACACCCCUGAUUCCGUGUUGUGGCCAACCGGCAAGGUGCACAGAAGGCCAAAGCCUUCUACUUCAGUGCAGACCCCUCAGAUCCACAAAAGGCCUCCAAUCAUUGUGAGCUAUGGGCAGGACCAAACAUCUGGGGAUGGAUGGAGCAUCAAUCCAGAGCCUCUCAGCCAGUCUGGAAGGGUGACUCGGCUGAUGGAGAGAAAAUAUGAUGUGACCUCAUCUUCCAGUUCUGAUGACUUUUCCAUCUACUCCUUCACUGACUGUGAAUCGGAGUGUGAUGAUGAGGAUCAUGAAAGGAGGACACCACCGCUGAAAGUUGAGGAUGGAAAAGUGACCAAGCUUGACGUGAGGGUUAUGGACGAGGAUGAUGAUCUGUCUCUCCACUCCUUCGAUGAGUCAGACUUCCUGAGCCCAGGGAAGGACUCAAGUCCUGUAUCUGUCAAGAAUGGUCUCUCUCCUCUUGUGACCUCAGCACACCGGACCCUGGCUGAAGCCCUACGGGCCCUGCCCUCUGCUGUAGGCUCUCCCUACCCAGUAAACGUCCCAAGGCCUCUGACUCCUCUCAGCCCUGUCAUUAUCGCUCCGCCCCGAACAGAGAACUUCCCAUACCGCCACAGCCCUCGCCUGGCUCCCAUCACCAGCCUGAGCGAGUCCGGCAGGAAGCUGCUCCAGGAAAUUGCUGGAGUGGCCCCACAGGUUUCUUCAGUGGCUGCUGCCCAAACUGAGAUGUUCAAAGAAAUAAUGGCCAACUAUUACUUCUACCACACACACACACACACACACACACACACACACACACACACACACACACACAUUUUGAGUAUUGGUUAUUCCUACAACACACACAAACGUAAUUUCAGAGACAGGAAUUAUGAUUAGCAAAAUACAUAUAUUGGUCUCAUUCUUAUAUUUUGAGACAUGCAGCAUUAUAAAAAAAAAAAGAUAUUGGUCUCCAUACAGCCUAUGAUAAUGAUUUGGAUUUUCAUGCUUAGGCUUGGAAAUAUAUCCAGGAGAAGCAGGGUCAACACCUCUACUCAUGUCAUAAGUGCCAUGACAUCUUUAGUAACUACAGAGAGAUAAGACCUCUGUCUCCACAUUCUCAUCCAAAGGACAGCACCAACCUUAGGGCAGUGUCACUGGUAUCCUUGGGCCAAAGUGAAGAGGUGAGGGCCCCUUACUGGUCUCCUUGCAAUAUCUGGUCUCCCACACAGAGAUGGAAAUCUACACCUGUUUAGACCCUGGAGGAUAUGGCUUCAGAUGAAAGACAGCAGAGAGAUGUCCCCAGUCCACCUGGCCGUGCUGCUGCUCCAGUUUCAACUGUUCUGCCUGCGGCUAUGGAACCCUGACCUGUUCACCG